AUGCACGGUACUAAGCACCACUUGCAAAAGGAUUUCUUCCUCUACAACGCCUCCAAAGCCAGGAGCAAGACCUACAUCAACAUGCGGGAAAUCUCCGAGCGCUUCCGGCUGCCGCCCAGCGAGUACGUCAUCAUCCCCUCCACCUACGAGCCCCACCAGGAGGGGGAGUUCAUCCUCAGGGUCUUCUCCGAGAAAAGAAGUCUCUCAGAGGAGGUUGGAAACAUGAUUGAGGCAGAGCGUCCAUCGAAAAAAAAGGGCAAGCCUAUCAUCUUUGUUUCUGACAGAGCAAACAGCAAUAAGGAGCUGACAGCAGAUGGAGAUGCUGGCAAAGAUGGUGAAAAAGCCCACGCAGAUGAGAAAAAGCGUUCUUCAGCAAAAGCUCGUGAGAGAAGUGAAGAGGAAAAACAGUUCAGGAAUAUUUUUCGACAGAUUGCAGGAGAUGACAUGGAGAUCAAUGCUGAAGAACUCAGGAAUGUUCUCAAUAACGUUGUAAAAAAACAUAAGGACCUCAGGACAGAAGGAUUUGAACUGGAAUCCUGCCGCAGCAUGAUUGCUCUAAUGGAUACAGAUGGCUCAGGGAAGAUAAACUUUGAUGAGUUUCGACAUCUCUGGGACAAGAUUAAAAGCUGGCAGAAAAUUUUCAAGCGUUACGACACGGAUCAUUCGGGCACCAUUAACAGCUACGAGAUGCGCAACGCUGUCAACGACGCAGGGUUUCAGCUGAACAAACAGCUCUACGACAUCAUCACCAUGCGCUACGCCGACAAGAACAUGAACAUCGACUUCGACAGCUUCAUCUGCUGCUUCGUGCGCCUGGACGCCAUGUUCAGGGCAUUCCACGCCUUUGAUAAAGAUGGAGAUGGCAUCAUUAAGCUCAAUGUCCUGGAGUGGCUGCAGCUCACGAUGUACGCGUAACACCGGAGCCAGAGGCCACCUUCAUCAAGAACACAGUCAACACUUCCAUUCUGAGCAACUAGCUCCAUUUCUCCCCAAGUACAAACAAGAGCAUUAUCCCAGCUUUGUGCUUUGCCCAUCGAGAUAAGCAACGCUUGGGAAGAAGCCCUUGAAGAAAGACAACCAACCCUAACUCCAGCAGGCAGACCAAUGCACUUAGUUUGUAACUGCUGUUACAACUUCUUGACAUUUUUCCUUUGAGCCACAAGGAUUAAUUUACUGAUGACUGAAUGAAGCUGCUUCUG